UAGCCGUGAAAACAAGGAAUUUCUUCCUUCAGUCCAAUUGUAGUCCAACUCUGCUGUUCGCUUCCCUCCCAACAGGUGAAGAUGCAAAGUAACGUGGUCCUUGGGCAACCUCUGUCAGUCCCAUCCGACGGAUCUGAAGGGGCAGGACAGUGGAGCACUGGCCUCUGUGACUGCUUUGAAGACCUUGAUGACUGUUGCCUGGCGUUCUGGUGCCUCCCAGUCUUUGCCUGCAAGACUAGCAGUGCCGCAGGGGUGUGCCCAUGUCUUCCCCUGCUCGACUGCGUGGCGUGUGUACCCCCAGCUUCCCUUGCGGUGCGAGCCUCAGUGCGGGAAAGAUACGGUAUUGAGGGUGAUGUCUGGAGCGACUGCUUCUAUGGCUGCUGCUGCUAUCCUCUGUCCUGGUGUCAGGUCUCCCGAGAGAUGAAAAGACGAGCUGCUUCCGCCUCCGUCUCAAGCAGCCGAAUGCACUCUGCCAGCUACUACCGCCUGACAGCAACGCAGAGGGCACACGUCUGCUAGGGCUCCACAAAGAGGUUAUGGUUUUAACAGCCUGCCCACCUGUAUUCCCUAUGCC